AUGAAUAUAAAGUUUGAUAUGUUUGUAAAAGAUAGUAAUAGUAUUGACAGUGAAGAAUUAUUAAACAAUUACCUUACAUUAAAUGUUGUUAGUCAAGAGCUACUUAUCCAAAAUGCCCAAAAACCUUUAACUCCUCUCUCUAUUGAAAUAGGUAAAACAAGAACUAUUAAUAAAAAUAUUAAAUCAAAAUUAAACUUUAUAAUGCCAUCAUUUUGUGAAUAUUAUGAAUUAGAGGGAAAUUAUAUUUUAUACUUUAAAAAAUUAAAAAUUUUUGAAGAUUUCAUAAUAUAUAAAGAUCAAUCAAUACCAAUUUCAAAUCAAAUGGAAAUAAAAAUUGGAAAGGGAAAAGUAUUGGUUAAUGGAAAAAAGAUUUCAAUUAAAGAUGAAGAAAUAAAAAAUAAUUUUAUUAGAGAUUUGAAUUUUCUAUCAUCAAUAAAGAAUUUCCGAAAUCAAUAUUCUCAUGGUAAUGAAAUUGAAGCAGUUGAAUCUAUUUCAAAAAAAGAAAAUUCUAUAAACUCACUUGUCAUUCCAACUUUUAUAAAAUUUUUAGGAGAAAUAAUAAUCAAAACUAAAGACACUAUAAAAUUUAAAAAUUUAAUGGUUUUAUCAGAUAAUUUUAAUAUCUUGGAUGAUGUUAUUUAUCAAGUUGAAAAUAAUGAAUUAAAUUUAAAAAAUUCAAAGAACUCUGUUGUUUAUAAAUCAAUUAAGAAAUCUAUUCCGAUUUACCUAUUAUCUAAAGUAUUUGAACAUACAGAGUUUUAUAUUCUUGAAAAGAAUAAUAGUAUAUUAAAUUUUUUCUGUAAAAAAAGAAUUGAAGAUUUCAAUGAAAAUAGUGAAGAUAAAGAAUUUAAUUCAACUAGUGAAAAUGAUUCCCAUGAAAGUUCAAUUGAUUUAAAAUGUUCAUCAGAAGUAUCUCAAAUUAAAAUUGAACGUUUUCAUGAAUAUGUUUCAUUAUUUUCCAAAUGUAUUUCUAAAAAUGUUGAUAUUAACCAUAAAAAUGAUAAAGGUGAUACUGCAUUACAUAAUACAAUUAAAAAUUUGAAGAAAGAAUCUGGUCCAAUGGUUGCAGCAUUGUUAUCAUGUGGUGCUAAUGCAAAUAUUAGAAAUAAUAAACAUAAAGUACCACUUCAUUUUGCAAUUGAAUUUGGUGAUGAAAGUAUAAUCAAAAUUCUAUUAGCAUUUGGUGCCAAACCAUUUUUAGAAGAUAGUAUUAGUUUUUCAGAAAGAGAUCCAGGUAAAAUUUACAAAGAAUUAAAUAAAUCUGGUCAAGUUUUGAAGAUUCUAUAUGAAAUUGGUGUGAUCACAAAAUUAUUUGAUAACUUUUCCGUGUUACAACAUGUUAAAACAUUUAUUUUAUUAGAGAUAUUAUUUCAAAACUCUAUGAAUAUUUUAAAAUCAGAUAUAUUUUCUUCAAUUUUAAAUAAUAUUUUCAAUCAAAACAUUGUAAGAUUUAAAUUAAUUAUUCAAAAUUUAAAAGAACCACCUUUAUCAAAAUUUAAAAAAAUUGAAAAAUUUGAUAGAAGUGAAUUGGGAAAAUUAAUUGGUAAAGGAGCAAAUGGUAAAGUUUAUGAAUUACAUUAUAAUUUUGGUGGGGUAGAAAAACAUUGUGCUGUUAAAGAAAUUAAAGUUGAUAAAUAUAGAGUAGGUGCAGUUUUAAAAGAAAUUGAAUCAACAGCACUAUCACAAUCUCCAUUCACUGUUGGUAUCUAUGGAUAUUUUGAAGAUGAAAAAAAUAAUUUUCUUUAUAUUUUCCUUGAAUAUUGUCCCAAUGGUAAUCUUUUCGAUAUUAUAAACAAGGAAAAGAUGAAAUCAUUCGACGAAUUCUUUUCAUAUGCUUUUGGUGUUGUUCAUUGUACACAUGACAUCCAUUCAAAUCCUAAAGGUGCUUUAAUUCAUAGAGAUAUCAAGGCUUCCAAUUUUUUGGUUGAUAAAAAUAAUUUGGUUAAAAUUGGUGAUUUUGGAACUGCUCGUUUCGAUUGUACCUUAAAUCUUAGUUCUUUAAAAAAUGGUGCUGGUACAGUAUGUUUUCAAGCUCCGGAAGCUUCAAGGGGUAAAGCAACAAUCCAAUCUGAUAUUUACUCCCUUGGUGUUGUAUUAUUUGAAUUAUGUGGUGCCAUACCAUAUAAAAACUAUAAUUACUUUUUUCCAUUUGGUGAUUUAAAAUAUUUGAGAGUCGCUUCAGCCGUUUCAAAUUACCUUAGACCAAUUUUACAUCCAGUUAUACCUCAACCACUUUCAGAUUUAAUUUAUUCAAUGCUAAAUCAUAACGAAUAUGAUCGUCCAACAUCUUUUGAAGUUUUUCAAAAACUAAAAAAAGUGCAAGAAGAUUAUGAAUCUAAUAAAGAAGAAUGGAAUUCAAUAUUUAAUACAAUUGAUAUGAAAGAAGAUCAACAAUUUCAUCAUGAAAGACAAGAAAAGGUAGCUUUGAUGAUUAAAAAAAAAUACCUUUUAACUAGACCAAUAACAGAAUCAUUGGUAAAUCAUUAUGAUAAUAUUGUAUUUAAUAUUGAUUAUUCAAUUAGUUUAAAUUUUUAA